CUCAAGAUCGCGCUGCGUGACGUUUCGUCCGCCUGCCGGUUCCCGGCACCCCUGCCCGCAGUCCGCCGCGCGCCGUCGUGCUUGCUAUACGUGGGGUUAUUGUUGCUCUCGCCGAUCCCACACACCGCAUUAAUUUAGAACUGACCUGUGAACAAAUACAACCGUGAUUAAACGUUCUGUGCCGCAUAACAGUGAACUGAACUCGUGUGCUUGUGUGUACAAAAAAAAUAUAUGUUGCAACGUAAUCUCUCCUAAACAUCUACGGCUAUCUUUGCGUAGUAAGCAACCAAGGGAUUAACAGAAAAGGGUAACACAUAAUGAACAGUAGGGACGUUCAGUGAAGUGAAGUGUUACAUAGUGACGGUUCAGUGAUGUGAUGCCACCAUGCCGUCGGACAGCGGUACAACGUGGUCACCACCGGCGCCCAGCGAACGGAGGCUCAGCAACUCGUCAGAUGGCAGCGCGGGCAGCGGCUAUUCUAAAGCGACAACAGACAGUGCGGACUUUCUCGCGACGCGGCCGCACACAGCGGCUGUGAUACCGGGGAAGCCGGCAGCGAACCCGCUACAGUUCAUCAAAGUCGGACCAGCAGAUCUCGGCACGAGGGCAAGGGAACAGCUAAGACGCGCGGAACUCGCGAAGAGGACAGAACCUGCUCGAAUCGAAAGGCAGGAGGACUGGCAGUCGAACUUGGACAACUGGAAGUCAUCGCGACGGAAGCGCGUCGAGCAUAUUAUAGAGCGCUGCGUGGAGGUGCGACGCUUCGAAAACGAGACGCAACAGCCCAGGGGCAAAUCUAAGACUUUUAACGAGAUGUUGGAAGAACGAGCUGGCCGGAGAAGGAGAAAUCUAUUAGCACUAUACACAGAAGAUGAUGGCAACGAUCUGAGCGACUUGGGGAUCGGCACUUCUAGUACCAAGAGUAGCCUCAGCGAGGACUGCGAUACGCACAGCUUAGCCAGUGACGGUAUGGACCUUGAAAAAAAUCAUUCAGAUAUGGAAAAUAUAUCGAAUUGUGACAACAAUCGCAAGCUGGGCUCCAGUGCCAACGAAUACGACACUUGUACGACGACAACCAUCAGCUCUCCCGAGCCCGAGGAGUACACGUACGAAGGCGCUAUAGAGGGAUAUAAGUCGAGAAUAAUUUCACAAGCAAAUAGCAACAUCGCCAAAACAGCUGUCAAUAAUAAUUUUAAAGAAAACUCACCAGAUAAAUCAAACGGUGACAUAAACAGAAUCAGAACGUCAAUAAGCAACAAAAUCGAAGAAAAAAUGUCUUCUUUUCAGCAAGAGAGAGCAAACGAUCUUAAGAAUAAUAACAAGAAAGACUUACCUAAAGUGAACAUACAUAAACGACGAGAACAGUUUGAAAGAGAAAAUUCACAAGAACCACAAAUAACAAAACCAAAAUUACCUGACAUGGCAAACAAAAAGUCGAUAAAAGAAAGGCUGUCAAGCUUAGAAAAGUUUAAUGAGGAAAUGCAAAUUCAGAAAUCAACAAGUGAUUUAAGUAAAUUACCAGGUGAAGUAAAACCACUAAAAGAUAGGUUGUCUUCACUUGAAAAAGUAAAAUCUACAUCUACUGAACUGAACAAAACAAAAAGGCUGUCGAAUGGCGACCUCAGCAAUACAAGGUCGCUUAAAGAACGUUUAUCAAGUCUCAAAUCACAAACGUCAGAAGAAGAGAUCAAAGUGAUAAAAACUGAAGUGAAAGAAGUUUCUAUGAGUCUUAAAGAGCGUCUGUCUUGUCUUGAUGCAGCGAAAAAUAAGGAAAUACCAAAAAUAGCAAUCGAAGAAGCAAUUAAUAAUAAAAUAAAAGAAGAUUGUGAUAACAAUGACCUUAAAGAAAAUUUGUCUGAUAGUUCCUUAAAAAUGAGUUUAUCGGGAAUUGAAAAUCAAAUGCAGAGCUUCUGUCGCUCUCUUGAUAGUUUGGAUAUAAAUGGUCAGUCUUCACCUAAUUCAUUCGAGAGAGUUCAGAGUCUUGAAGAUUUUGAUUGUGCUGAAAUGCAAAAUAAUACUGUUCAAAGUGAUAUUGAGACCGAGGAUAGCGGUAUCCAUACUGCUAGAGACUCUUGUGCACCAGCAGAUGAUAUUGCUGAUUUGACUCAAGUAGCUUCUCCUAUUGGAGAACCUAUGGCUGAAGCAUCUGAAUAUGACUCUUCAAACGAAGAUGGUGCCAUGACUCUAAUGCCUACUAAGAUUGAAGAACCCACGGAAAGUUCUAAACCUAAUCAAAGAACACUAGAAGACAUUAUCAUCCAAGAAAUUGAUGAACAAGAAAGUAAAGCUGACAGUGAUAGUGCUAGUAAUUAUGUUCAAGCAGUUUCUCAGCCAGAAGACUUAAGUGUCACUGAUGAAGUGACAGAAAUUCAGAUGGACAAAGAAGAUGAAGACACAUUGAAGAGUUUGGAUAACCAAGAUUCCAGUGUAAGUCUCAAUGAACCCCUGUCAACCACAUCAGAAGGCGACACGGUCGUAUUUGAGGGGAAGAUGACUAUUCAUUUGAAUUUAAAUGAAAUUUGCAACAAUCUAAGCACUGGUGCUGGGAACAGUUCUAAUACUAACAAAAUAUAUUCCAAUGACUCUACUAACAACAAAAGCAUGCCAAUGGUCAUUGACGCUUUAGAACUAGCGUUCCAAGAAUUGGAUUCGGAGGAAAGUGUCAACGUUACAAUGGAUAAUAAUGAUAAUAAAUAUAACGGAGAUUACGCAGAGGGGAACGCUAUUGAUAAAGUUGAUAAUUUACUUGAUUUUGAUAUAGAGAAGAAAGUGUCCGUGACACCGUUAUAUGAGAAUAUUGAUAUAUUUAAUCAAAAUGGUAUUGUUGAUGUUGGAGCGUUCCCGCUAGACCUGCCCACAAAUGCUUUAGAACCACCCAAAGAAAAGCCACCCCCGCCACCAAUGGAAGAUAGUCCUGACGAUGAACUGCUUGGAAAUGGUAAUUUUAAACAUACAAGCUCAGCGCGUCGUAUUAAGAAGGAGAUUCGAAACAAACGCACUAGUUUCCUGGGGAUCGAAGGACAAGUAGACGAUAGCUACUUGGACGUUGAUCUGAAAUUAGCUCCGCGACCCGACAUCACCUCCUUUCUACAAGAAGAGACCAAAAUUGAGAAACUCCUCUACAAAAAGACCCUAUCCCAUGACAUGGAUGCCAAGUUAAGAGAUAGUCGAGAUUCAGGUGUUGAUAUAGAUAGAGGUCCUUCAGCCGAGGCCUGGUACAAAGGGCAGUCUUCUCCAGAAACCUCUAACCCUCACAGCAGACAAAAUAGCGAGCCUUACACACAAAUAACGGUUACAUCAGACGAAGAGGAAGCAACGAAAAGAAAUUCUGAAGGGUUCUCUAAAGCUCUAACGACAAAACUGACGGGCUUGACCGAAAACGGUGAAACUAACGAGAACAAAAUAGAUCAUUUGGACAAAAAAUUACAACAACAGCAGGCGGCUCAAAAGUCUCGCACUAACGAGGACUGGCCUGACGGGCUCUUUGACGAUGCUCAUACGAAGGAGGUACUGCGAUUCGAACGAGAACUACUCCAAUUAGAACAGGAAGAGCUUAAAAGGCAACGUGAGAAUCUUCUAAGAGACCAAAACAGAAUAAUACAGAAAUCCGUCCAAGACAUUUCAACGGCGGGCGCUCCAGAGAAACCAAUCAUUCACCGAGCGAGUAAAUCGACACACCAGAACUAUAGACACUCCAUGCCGAAUCUGUUGAUUAGCGAGAAUUACGUGCCGCCUGUCGUCGAAAGACCAGUCAUUGAUGAGGAGAUGAAGAGGAAGCCGUUCGUAUCUGAGGAACAUAUUCAGAGCCACUUCGGUGUGGAAGAGAGUCGGAAAUUGUUGUUCAAUGAUAAGACUAAGUUCGCUGAGGUUCGGAGACCAGUGCCUAAUUUGAUGAGACCUCCGCAGCCAAUUCUUCCACCGAAGCCGAGAAGUCGCGAUUCUAUUGAGAGGGAAAUUACAAUGAGGAGUAGUCGAUUACCAUCCGCGGUGGAAUACGUCAAUAUUGAUCGGAAUGCUGUUCAGAUGCGCCAGAAGGCUGUCAACGGUAAUGGACAGUACCACCCCAUGACCAGGCACACGUUGCAGGCUCUGAGCGCGGCCCCUACACCCAAAUUGAUCUCAAACACGGACUGGAUGCAAACGCGCAACCAGAAGGCCAGGAAACCAGCUAACUUCAACUAUAACCAACACUGGCUGAUACAGGAGGCGGAACAGAGAAGGUUACAGGAGCAGCGCGUGACGCGAGCGCCCCGCGCCCCCCGCGACCCGCCGCCCGCGCACCUCUCGUACGCCAAUCCAAUCAUCGGCCAACAUCUCCUGUCGCAAGAGAGACACGGGCGACCGGAGCCGAUACCCAGGCCCGACAUACCGCGCACCGCCGAGCCGAGAGAAGAUAAAAUGCUGAGCGUCAGCGGAAGGCGGAAAUGCUCACACUGCGGAGAGGAGCUCGGGCGCGGCGCGGCGAUGAUCAUCGAGUCGCUGUCGCUGUGCUACCACGUGUGGUGCUUCUCGUGCGCCGUGUGCGGCGCCGCGCUGGGCGACGGGCGCGCGGGCGCCGACGUGCGCGUGCGCGCGCGCCGCCUGCACUGCCACCACUGCUACUCGUCCGACGACGGCUCCAAGUACUCCGCCGUGUAGGCGCCGGUUGACCGGCCGGGUGUCGCCCGAGCCGUUCGAGCGGGAUCUCCUUCCCGACCGUUUUCUGUGUUCGAACGGUUUCUAUGAGUCGGUGGCGAGAAAUCUUCGAGCGAUCGAGUCGGUGAAAUUUAGUUGAUUACUUUUAUUUCUCGCUCUACGAUGUCCAAAUAUUAUUGUCAACCCGAUAGGCAUAAGUAGGAGGUAGUGCGUCCCUAAUCGUUUGUUUAUCUUUGUAUUAACGGUAAAUUUAAAAGGAAAGUGAUAAAUAUAUUCUAAAUAUUAUACCUGAAGAUUUUUUGUCGACGUUUCCCCUCACAAUUUUCACUCUGUGUCCGACACCGCUCCCGAUCCCCCUCCCCGCGCACGUGUGACGUCACACGCGUGCGCACAAGACUCGUCUCUGGCCUCAGCACGUCUGAGCCCAUUAUUGCACGCUUUUGUUUACCUCUCACCUCGAAGCGGUGUCGUAGACUCAUUUACUACGUUAUUGUCAGGUUUUGAAAUAGUACAUUUCGUGCACGCAAAAUAUUUUCAUUUGAUCGAAAAUACUAAAUUUUGCGUCCUCGGGAACUUUUCUAACCGUCGACUACGACACUGUCUUUGUAAUUUUCAAUAAAUCCUCGUAACUCCUAAACCUUAUUCCUUUAUUUAAAUAUUAUUUUUGCACAUUUAUUUAAAAUCAAAAUCAAAUUUGAUUAUAUUUUAACUGUAAAUGAAAUGGUCACGUGUGUUUAUUCAUUUGUUUAAAAAGAACAUCAAAAUGUCACGUUACGUUGAAUCAGUUCGAAAAACAAAACAAUUUGAUCUUUUAACAUUACUUUGAUUACCAGCAAUGCUAUUCUGUAAGAACUCACUUCAUUACUCACCCGUGGAAUGUUGACCCGACUUAUGGUGACGUACUAUUUGGAUGUUUUAAAUAUUAGUGUCAAUAUCGGUACUUUCUGAUAUUUCAAAAUCGCGUGCUGCUAAGAGUUUUGAGUUCUUACAGAAUAUUUCUACAAUCAAAAUUUUUAAAGUUGCGAAUUGAAAACGACUGUUUUUUUUUUUUUUGAAGAUAUUUUUUCUUAGAAUUAUUUCGUUUUAAAUUUCUCUUAUAUUGUGCCAUGCAGUGACGUCAUUAACACUUAAUCCCUUUGAUUCGUUUAAUCUUUAAUAUUAAAGAAUAUAACAAUUGUAACUAAUGAAAACGUAUUCUAAAUACAUAGAACUUUGUAUAAUUUUGUAAAUAAUUUUAAUUUAUGUUAGCGUGUGUUAAUUUAGCUUUAAUAGUUAGUACGUUAGCGUAAAGAGAACAUUUAAUCCAAAAAUGGUUAUUGUUUUUAUAAUUGUAUAUUAAUGAUUGUCAUUCUCGUAUGUUACUCUAACAACAUUAUUUUGUUUGUGAAUUUCUUACGGUUUUUAACAUAAAUAUAAAUGUGAUUAAUAUUUUUUUUCCUUACGUUAUAAUUAUGUUAAAUUUCGAUGUUAAUUGUCGAUCAACCUGUACAUUAUCUAUGUGAGCUACAACUGUAUAUCAAUAAAAUAUUACGAACUUUA